UAAUGCAACACGUACAUUGUACAUGUGCGAUGGUGUACCAUUGACUUUUGUAUACGUGCCCAUAGCCUAUUGUUCACUGGAAUACACAGCUGUACAUGGGUGUUUACCUUUGCCAUUCUAUCGCUUCUACUUUAGGAUGAAUUUGUCAUCUAGUCUGGUCACAGUCUUAUUUGAAACACCAUACUAACAAAUAUCUAGCUCACAAAACAACACGGAGACCUGAGAAUCCUCCAUGGCUGUGAUGGCAGAACAGCAAACCAAGGCAUUUUCAAUUUGCUCCCUUCACGAUCGCCCAGAAUUAAUCGACUCGUGUGCACAACUCUUGAAAAUCACCUGGCCCUGUUCCAAACCAGAUAGGCUGCAUCAACUAACUGCCGAGGAACAGAGCGGUCCACCAUGCUCUCUUGUCCUCAUCGAGCACGGGGAGGACACCCCGGAUACUGUCAUAGGACACGUAAGGCUAGUCACUGUGACCCAUCCCAAGACGCCCCGAGGUGCUUACCUGGAGGCCGUGUGCAUAAGUCCAUCCAAGCACGGUUUGGGGCUUGGGCGCAAGAUGCUACUGCUGGCUGAGGAAUAUGCACACGAGACGUUGGGAUGUGAGCAGAUGUUUUUGAUCUGCGCCCAAUCAUUAGUGGGUUUCUACGAACGCCUCUCGUACCAGGUGUACCCAGUAUUGACACUUGAAACAGAGGGUGCAAAUUUGCUGUCGCAUGUUGACCAAGCAGCCACGUGGUACGGGAAUCAUCCAAGAAAAAACUGGGAGUGGGUCUAUCUUGAGGGCCCGUGCAUCUCCAAGGAUGACUUGAGACAACAAACACCCAGCAAAGUGAAAAUGGUAAAAUAUUUUACUACAGUAAAAUGAUAAGCCGAAGAAAUCUGUCAGAACUACAACUUCACUGUUUUCAUCUGGUUAUUCCUUUUGAUGUUCUAAUAAGUAUGGAUUUAUUUUGACCUGGUACUAGGAGACCAUCAAUCAGUCAAACAUGAAGUUGGCAGAUUCCAUCACUUGGGUUCAGUUCAGUUUCUUUCAAUUAAAACACACAGAUGACCGUCAGACAGGUUAUCAUAUUCAAAGCAAAGAAACAACUGCACUUAGGAAAUGUAAAUAUGUUAAAGCCUUCAUUGCCGGGGAAAAUGAUAACAGUGUUUCAAGCGUAUAGGUUUGGGUUUUAGUUCACUCAAAGCCCAGCAGAAAGGACUGACAUAUAUUUCCCCUUUAUUCACAUAUGGAAUUGAGCACUCAGUGCACUCUUGUAUUGAGCGUGAACAAAUCCGGUAAACCUUAACAACCUUUCUGAGCAUAAUGAAAGUCGUAUUGUAUCCCAUCCUACAUUCAUGGUUGUUUGUAAGGACUGUCACGCCAUAUUUCGUAAAGUUCUACACAUGUAUUUACUUAGCAUCAACCAGGUUGACUGUCAUUUCCGCUAUUUCUACAGCAACCAAUAUCUACCAGUUAAAAUGAUUAAUGUGGAUCUCUACCAUUUUAGCAAAUAUAUGUACAAAUUUAUAUUAUUUAGGCCUACUUCGGGGAUGUAAUGCCAUGCAUUCUAAGAAUCUUUAUAAUGGUGGUCAGACUUUGUCAAGUCUAGCGUUCUCUCAGGUUUCCA